CUUCCGUUCAGAGCAGUAAGACGCUCGAUUUUACUCAGUCAGGAGGCCGGGCGAUUGGCAGCGAGACACGGCUUUUCUGUGUAAAAAGGGGAGAGGUUGCCAACAGUUUGCUGGAAAUGGCUGGUAAUUCGAGGGAUGUUGAAUGUAAACACCUAUGAUGACGUUACAAAAGGCAGACCAUCAUUUCAAGAAAGGGAGAAUGGAGACUGGCAAAGGCAUAAAUGAGCAAAGCGAUCCACUUGUAAUGAAGGAGGGCGUGUCAAAAAAGGGCGUGUCGAAAAGGGGCGUGUCUAAAGGGGGCAUGGCUUCAUCACACCUUGUUCCUCCCGACGGCGGCUGGGGCUGGUUUGUGUCAAUUGGCACCACUGCAUGCGCGAUGAUUCUCUCCACCCAAGGCCCCUGUUUCGGCAUCCUUUUCGGAAACAAACUCCGCGAAAUGAACGCCCCCCCUUCUCUCGCGGCCUGGCUCUUCAACUGCCAGUCCAUGGUGUGGAAUCUUGCAGGGCCUUGGGCAGGACCUCUUAGCACAAGGUUCUCCUACAGGAAGGUGGCUGUGACGGCGGCUCUCAUGUCUGCCUCGUCUCUCUUCCUCUCCGCGCUCGUCUCCUCGCCGUACCUCCUCUUGCUGACAUUUUCUCUUCUUCACGGAAUCGGCGGCGGGAUAAACAUCACCUGUUGCUUUCACAUGAUAGCGAAAUACUUCAAGAAACGCUUAGGAAUCGCCAACAGCAUUAUGAUGACAGGAGGCUCUGUGGGUAUCAUUCUGUUGCCUCAACUUGCAUCCCGUCUCCAGGAAUACUACCCUUUCACUUGGGCGACCCUAAUUACAGGCGCAGUGACGCUCCACGCAGCCGUGGGAUCUCUCUUGUUCCAGCCGGUGGAGUGGCAUCUGAAGGAGGAAAUAAGCGACCCCGAAGUGCCACCUGACAAGGAGAAGCUGCUCCUCGAACCAGGGACGAUGAACCCCAAAGGAGGCGAGCUGCCACGAGGGUCUUCCGUUCCCUCGGGCCUCAUGAUGCACGACGGCCGCGCCUCUUACCCGGGCCUUCCGAAGAGGAGCCGGGCCUACAGCGAGUGCGCCCGCCUGGACCCGGCCGAGUGGGAGCGGGGCAGCAGGCUUCCUUCGCUGGCCUUUGGGGGGAGCUCCCUCAUGGCGAGCGUCCACACGCUGACUGAUCCCGCGCCUCCGAGGGUCUCGCCUGCGAAUACAGAGGGCUCGACAGGAGUGUGGCAGCAAUUCAAGAACCACUACAAGCCCUCAGUUCUGAAGGAUCCUUUAGUCAUUUCUGUGGCGGUAGUGAACUGCAUCACAAUGGUCGCUGCGCUGAAUGUUUUUAGCACGAUCCCCUUCGUGCUGGACGAGGCCGGCUACUCCCUGCAGGAGUCGGCGACGGUCAUGUCCUCAGCGGCGAUCAUCGACCUGGUGACCCGACUGGCCGGCGCCGCCAUCACCGACCUCCCGCACUUCAGGCCCAGAGCCGUGUUCGGCUUCGCGCAGCUCAUCUUCGUGGCCGCGCCCUACGUGUUGUUAGCUUGGACAGACGAGUGGCUGGUCGUGAUGGGCUGUGCCGGGGCCUUCGGGAUGGGCCUCGGCUGCUUGUAUUUACUCGACGUCCUGAUCAUGGUGAGGCUCCUUGGGGUGGAAAAGCUGCAGUCAGUCCUCGGAAUGAGUCAGCUUCUUCGCUCUGUGGCCUUUAUAUUCAUAGGUCCUGUGGGAGGAUCCAUUCGCGAGGCGUCGGGGAACUACUGGGCAACACUAGCCUUCUACUCUAGUUCCAUGCUGGUUGGCUUUCUUCUGAUGGUCAUCACGGCUCUAACCCACCGGCCGAUACUCAACCCAGAGGAAGAAGAUGGUGAUGAUGAUGAAUCAUAACCUUUGGCAAUCAUAUGCACGAUAUCAUCUGGGAGAAGAUACUAUGGACACGCCCGGCAGUGCCCUUUGCCUCUCUGUCGCCCGUCCUGGCUCUGUCGCGAGGCGGCGCCGCUUUACACUUAACCUUGACUUUGGCCUCGUGUUCGGGUUACCAACAGAAACCGACGUAGUACUGUGGCGGUUCAUGAAUUCGGAUUACGAAGCUAGUGAAAAAGAUAAUGUCGAUUAUUGAGUAAUCGGCGAUUAUUGUGUACUCAGCAUUCGUUUUUCAAGUGUACAUUUUCACAAAAGAAAAGUGUUCUCUGAGGUCUAUUUCGCUUGUUUAUGAGAAAAACAUUUUGUAAAUGUUUGCCCGACUCAUAUCGUGCUAGAUGGCCUUUUUAAAAAUUAUCUUUUAAUGAAUUCUUUGCUAAGAAUUCCGCAUGUCUUCCAGGUCGACAUAAAUACGAAUGAGACAAAAAUAUUGGGGAAUCACAUGGAGUGAGUGACAUCACAUCACUUAGGCCCUUAAGGAGGAAAUUAUAUCACAGGAGUUAAAUUUCACCAAAAAAUGCCAGAUAGACACAGACAUACGAGAUACAGAGAUAGAAAAAAACACGAUUAUCACGACGUUGCGAUAAAGCGAUAAGGCCAUACUCGUAAGAAAUACAAGAUAAGAAAGAUUAGAAAAAAGGGCUACGCACCCAAUGUAUUUUUAUAUCAACUGGUACAUAAAUGUAGUAUUCAUAUUCAAAUCUUAUCAAACAAAUUUUAUGUAAGUAUGAAUAUCCAAGCCAAAUUAAACUGGUAUUUUUAAA